AUGACAGCAGAUCUGGCAGCAGGGCAGGUUAUCCGCCUCGCCGACGGCCGCAAUGCCAUCAUUCGCUUCGUCGGCGAGACGGCCUUCGCGCCCGGCGUCUGGGUCGGCGUCGAGCUGGACGAUGGCACAGGCAAGAACGAUGGCAGCGUCCAGGGCGAGCGAUACUUUGACUGUGACAUGGGCAAUGGCAUGUUCGUACGGCCCGCCGCAGUAGCUGUUAUUGCGCAGCCUCCGCCAAAACCAAAGCCUGCCCCAAUAGCCACAAGGAAGACAAGCACCUCGAGACCAAAUAGCAUGUUCACCACGGGGUCAAGGACUGCGAGCACAUCACUUGAUACCGGCGUGGGGAGGAGGAAGAGCUUGAACGCCCCCAGCCCUAGCCCGGGCCCGAGGACGUCACGUCCUUCCAGCAUCGCAAGAUCUCCUACGAAGUCUCCUACGAAACAGCUCGGAACUGCCUCGUCAAGCGCGGCCACCUCCCGAACCGGCACCCCGGCGAAUGCUCGAGGGACUUCGACCACCAAAGCCCGAGCCGCUUCAGCUACGACAAGGUCAUCUAUGGGCCCUCCUGCUGUUCCCGCUUCCCGAACAGGCCGUCAAGCGUCAGUCUCAUCUACAGGGCCUUCCCGGCCUACCACAACACGGGCUGCAGGCGGUCGACUAUCUAUGACCGGAGGCAAAGCACGGCCCGAGGCCUCCAAACGCGGCUCUCCAGGAUCACAAUCCGGCGCGGAAAAGAGGGCGUCGAUCGACAAAGGUGCCACGUCACAGAGGGCAAGUAGCGACGAAGAAUCCCCAGUGCAGCCUAGGAACACUGUGCUGGAGAAUCUCAGUGGGACGGCUGAAUCCGAUCCUGCGAGGAAAGUGUCGAGGCCCACGACACAGGCUCUCCAGGCCUCAAACCGGGAGAUCGAAGAUCUGAAGGCGAAGUUGAGGGUCAUGGAGAGGAAACGCAUGGAGGAUCGAGACAAAAUCAAGCUUUUGGACAAGGUCCAGGGCGAGCGAGACAAGUUUGAAGGCAUCAUACAGAAGCUUCAGGCCAAGUAUGCGCCGCAACAGCAAGAGAAUACGGAGUUGCGCAAGAUGCUCAAAGAAGCAGAAGAAAGGCUGAAUUCUGUCGAGGCGAUGCAGGCAGAGCAUGAAACGACGCUAGAGCUGGCGACUUUGGAUCGUGAGAUGGCCGAGGAGACCGCCGAGGUGUUGAAGGUCGAAGUUGAGGCAUUGAAAGAGAAGACUGAGGAGCUCGAGCUUGAACUUGAGAUCCUGAGAGAGGAAAAUUCCGAGUACACCAAAGGCAUGUCUCCGGAAGAGAAGGCUAGCACGAACUGGAUACAGAUGGAAAGGAACAAUGAGCGAUUACGCGAUGCUCUCAUUCGUCUGCGGGACAUCACGCAGCAGCAGGAAGAGGAAUUCCGGGAUCAAAUAAAGAGCCUGGAAGAGGACGUGACAGAACUCGCGGCCGUCAAGGAGCAGCACGAGGCCGCCAAGGGCAAGCUCGCCCAGGCAGAGGCGAUGGUCGAGGAUCUCAGACAACAACUUGACACAGCCCUAGGCGCUGAAGAUAUGAUUGAGGAUCUUACAGAACGAAACAUGAGUCAGGCCGAGCAGCUCGAAGAACUCAAGGCCAUCAUCGAUGACCUCGAAAACCUAAAGGAAGUUAACGACGAACUUGAGAUCAACCACGUCCAAAAUGAAAAGGAACUACAAGAGGAGAUCGACUUUAAAGAUAGCGUCAUCGCAGAGCAGGCAAGACGGGCCGCGGAACAGGAAACCAUGAUGGAGGACAUGGAAUACACCCUGUCUAGGUUCCGUGAGCUCGUGACCAAUCUGCAAAGCGAUCUGCAGGACAUGAAGGCAUCGCAAGCUGUAUCAGAAACGGAGUCGGAGAAGCUAAACAGCCGGUCGAGAGCUAUGGAGGACCUGACAAUGAGGCUGCAAAUCUCUGCGGAGAAGGCACAAGCCAAGACAAUUGACCUCGAGCUGCGUCGCCUGGAAGCCCAAGAAGCAGAGCAGCAUCUGGAAAUCGUCAAGAUGUUCCUGCCGGACAGCUAUCAGAGCGAUCGAGACUCUGUCCUGGCUCUCUUGCGGUUCAGGAGGCUGGCCUUCAAGGCGAAUCUGCUGCACCAAUUCAUUCAAGAGAGAGUCAAGGGCCAUGCGCACCCUGGUCACGAGGACGAUGUCCUUUCCGGCUGCGAUGCGAUGGACAAACUCACGUGGGUGUCUUCAAUGUGCGAGAGAUUCGUCAACUCUAUCAGCCACUGCUCGCUUGAUCAGUUCUCCAAGUAUGAGGGUGCGCUGUACGAGCUCGAGCCCGUGGAGCGAGCCUUGAAUCAGUGGAUUGAGGGCUUGAAGAAGGAUGAGCUGAAGGAAAAGCAAUGUGCAAGCGAGCUACAGCGUACCAUUGCCCUCAUGACGCAUCUUGGCGAAGUUCACAUUUCGAGUGACCUCGAGAGCUUCGCAGAUGAUGUCUACAUGAAGACAGUGAUGAUGCAGAGCCACCUCGAAUCCGCUGCUACUACAUUUACUACGCUGCAAACCAUGGUGCAGCGUAUCAUCCCUCCAGCGAGUGAGGAAGAUGAGCUUGCACAGUACUUCAUAAGGAAGGCAGAUGCUGUCAUUACGCAGACGCGCAGCUCCAAGGUCAUCUCAGGUAGGACUGUCAAGGCGCUUGAAGACUUGCGACUGCGCUCUCUAGCGCUGCCGCAAGAGACCCAGGAGGUCUUCCAGCGAUGCGAAGAGCUGUCACAACAACUCGCAGAACUUGCUCGCAGCAUUGGAUUAGAUCUUCACCAACUGCUACACGAGGAGGGCCGAACGGAGCCAUAUACAUACCUCGAGGUGCAGGACCGCGUGCGAAAGACCGUCUUCGCGGUGGCAAGCUCGGACGAGUCUGACCUCUUCGCGACAUACCUUAAUAAGCUUCGCGCUCUUACCAGCGAGAUCAGCGACCUCUCUCAGCUAGCAUCCGACUUCACGCAGACCCAGGAAUUCGAGCGCAGCCCGGCACCCUGGAUCCUACGCUCUCAGGAACUCAGAGCCGUCAAGACCGUCCCUGUUGACGCCGAGGAGGAGCUUCGUCACCUCAAAGAGGAAUACAGUGAGGCCCGCCGCGCUAUCGCACAGCGCGAGGAGAAUCUCAGCACGGCGAUGCUCAAGAUCGAGACACUGGAAUCGCGCAUGCGUGACGCGACUGCCAAGGCAAACAGAAUCACGGACUUGGAGCUGCAGAUCGAGAAGUCAGGUGGCAACGUCGCAUCUCUCAAGGAGGAUAUUGAGAAGCAGGACCGCGAGCUGAAGACGCUCGAGGCGGACAGGGAUAAGUGGAAGAAGAUCGCGGGCGACUCGCGGGCCUUCAGCGAGGCGGCCGCGGGCACCAAGGCGGGCAAGGAGAUGGCGGUCGCGACGGCGCGCGAGAUGGACACGCUCAAGGAGGAAAUCACCAGCCUGCAGUCGGCGGUGAGGUACCUCAGGGAGGACAACAGGCGGGCGAGGCUUACCGAGCAGAGCGGGCACGAUUGGCUGUCCGAGCCGGUGAAGAAGCCGGUACCGGUGCAGGAACAGCGCAGGAAGCUGGUGGUCGCCGAGGGCAGGGACGUGCUGGGCGAGCUGGUCCGCAUGGCCACCGAGGCGAAGAUGUACGACCUGAGCUCGCUGCCGGAGGACAAGCUGGCGUGGAAGAGCGCCAAGAGCACGCCGCAGUACCACGCCGCCAGGCAGAUGGAAGACCUCGCCGCCUGGCAGGGCUGGCAUGAUAGCGUGGCUCGCAAGGGCCAGAUCCUGUCGGGGCAGCAGCAGCACUCGCAGCAGCGUCGGGACAAGGACGGUUUAUCUGUGAGGAAGGCGAGGAAUGCUGCCGCGGCGAGGUUGCACAUCCGGUUGCCGGAUGGGCAGGGGAAGAUGAUGCCCGGGAAUGGUAGGGUCCAUGACGUACACAUCGUGGGCUCGAGGGAGUGGGAUGGCCUGCAGGGUCGGUUGGCUGCGAUCUAG